AUGAGACAUAAUCAAAACCAAGAACAUUUAUUUUUCAGUAAAUGUUAUAAAUGUUCACGUCAGACUUUGGAAUGAAAUGCAUGAGUGUUUGAAUGUUUACAUGUGUCUUAACAAAUGCAUGUCGUCUAAUUCUUUCUGUUUGAUUUAAUGAUGAGAAUAUUUCAUGACUUCAGUCAACUAAGUGUCUAACAGCCGUCUAACACAUCAGCAUCGUCCUGCAGAGUGAAACAAGAACUCUCCUUUAAUUCUCCUGUGAUCAAGACAUUGAUUCAUCCAGUCGGUUCGGGCUAAUUCCCAACACCUUCACAAUUCAAUUCUCCUUCUUUUACAUCUUAAACAAGUCGUCUGUGCUCAGUUCUCCAAUGUCUUCUUCAUGGUCUUUCAGGGAAAAUUCCAGAGUGGCAUCCAGCAGAGGGAGAAGAGGAACCAGUUCAAAACUCUGUUGCGGUUCAUGCAAAGACUCCGAACGAUACCUCUGAACAUCCCGAACGCAAUGACCAGAGAGAAACACCAAAAAUGUCAGCUCCGUUGGUCUCAGCUGAGAUGCUGAAGGAGUGGAGUUGUUUGGAAAAGAAAAUUCAAAGCAUGCUGAAAGGCUUUGUUGAAAAUCGGGCGUUUUCAGCUGAAAUCUCAAGAAUUUUUCCAGACGUCCCUGAAACUCUCAAUCGGUUCAUUUUGGAUUUCGAGGAGACGCUGAAGAACGCCACAGAGGAUGUGUCGGAUCUGCUCGAUACAGCUGGUCAAAUGAUGGGUCCUGGCCUCACUGCAGAGGGUGAACUUCCUCUGAAGGACUUCCCAGAAGAUCCUAAAAGCAUGGAACAGAGUCCUGCUGGAUGUCCGAAGAUAAUCAGAGACUGUUCGGUCUCAUCUCUGGAGGUACAUCCUCAAACUUAUGAUGUCCCCAUGGACCCAAGCAAAGAUUGUGAAGACGAUCAGGAACCUCCAGCAAGUGAUGACAAAGAAGCAACAGAAAGUACUUCAGGGCUCACGUCUGGUGUUUGUAAACGUCAGGAGGAAGUCACUGACUUGUCUCAGGAAGAAAUGCCCGGGAUGAAUGCUGUUGACGUCGAAGAAGCAAGGCAAGGUCGGAGCGAACGAACAUCAACAAGAUGGUUGGAAGACUUUGUUUUUGUCGAACCUUACUUCGCCAAACCCGCAAACAUGGUGGAGACUGGCCCAAAUCAGGGUUUAGUCGACUUGUCAACAAAUCCACAAGGGGUUAGUUGUGUUGACGAUGAAGUCGGCGCUAAAACAAACAAACAAAGGGGGACCAAUCGUGGAAGUCAAAGCUGCAUCGUUCCUGCUGAAGAUGCUGUUGAGACACGACUGAAAAGGCAUCGAGCGUUAUCGUUAAACUCUCAAAGUUCAAAGGUCAGAAGGCUCAUAGAAAUGACCGCGGAUGAAUUCAAGACCAUGGCUGUUCCAGAGCUGGUGCUGAUGAGCGCACUGGAGGGGAGAGUCUAUGACGAGUCAACCAGAUCAAACUCCGAGGAUCAGAACGAGCUGUCGGUUGGAGACGUAGACAGUUGCGAGGAGGUUUACGAGGAGGCGGUGCAGCAACCAGCAGCGCAACAACGUCACCCAGUGAGGGAGGUUGUGGUUGAAGAUGGUAAAGUUGCUCCAGGGGCAAGGAGCGGAAGGAAAGGGUUCAGUUUGGACAACCGGAAGAACAAACACAAAACUGACUGCAAGAUUUCGUAAACUAAAAAGAGUGAACUGAAAUCUGAUCUUUGCAACAUCAGGAUGUACAAAACGUUGGUUAGUGUUGUGAAUUUAGUUGAACUUUGUCGGUAUGUUAAAGGAAUCGUUUGACACAUGUUGAAAGCAAAAGCACGUGGUUACGUUGAGCUAACAAAAGCAUGUGGUUCUAAAACAUGGAUGCUUCACACACAGAAGAUCUAUACAAUCAGCACAGUUUCAAGAUUAGAGUCACCAAUUCAGUAUCUGACCAAAUGUCUCCCCUUCUGUUCCUGAGAUAUGACGUUAAAACAUGAUGAUGUCACAGUCAAGCUGACCUUUGACCUUUUGAAUGCCAAAAUCUGAUCAGUUCACGUGGUUACAUCUAGACAGACACGUGUUGAAAACAGGUAAUCAGCUGGCCAACCAAGUCAGAAGGUGAAGAAAUCCAUCAACCAACUUGUUGAUUCAUGCGUUACACAACAUGUUAUUAUGCCUCCAAGCUGGUGUCCACCGUAGCCAGAGGCAUAAUGUCGGUCCGUCUCAUUCUCGUGAAUCUUUAGAACGCCUCCACUCAAACAUCUGCUCGGACUCAAGAAUGAAAUGAUUAGAUUUUGUUGAUCAAAGGUUACUGACCUUGCAUCUGUCUUGCUGUCAUUAAUGCAAAAUCUCACCAACACCUUGAAGGAAGUUCUUCAAAUCUGGCACAAACGUCCACUUUGACUCAGUAAUAAAAUAAAGAUAUUGGGAUUGUAAACACCUCCAAUAAGGAAACUGUAUUCAAACAUCUGUACCGAGUCAACAAUAACAUUUAAAAACCUGAAUGUGACUUCUGGGCUCUGUCUGGCAGCCAUUUUCAUUUUGUUGACUGUAAUUUUAUUAUUUGUUGGAGUUUAUUUACAUCCUGUCAUUAUCAGUAUGUGUCCACUUCUCUGAGGUUUUUCUUUCUGGUGAAAUCACGACACUUUAAAGAACACGUGUUCAUCACCUCGUCAGUGAAUGUUUUGUAUUUUUAACUCUGUAUGACGUUUUUAUUUUACUCCUUUAAAACUGUCCAACAUGGAGCUUCAUUAAAGUCUUUAAAGAACAGACGGCCGCAGCAGGUUGUUUGAUCCUGUUGACCUGAAAGAACAACCAUGUUAGCGAAGACAUCCUCACUGUGACCUCGUCACAUGUCCACGUUUGGUCAUUAACAUAUGACGUCCAAGGUACCCUGGGUGUGUUGGUUGUUGACGUUCUGGGACGCCGUGUCAACUUCAGCCUGUUACAUGCAUUGUCUGUUUUCAACAUACACUUCUGUUUUCACAGGAAAUCCAAAGGCAAGUGGUCACAUUUAGCUAACCCAGGUGGGCCCUGGGUUCCUCCUCCUUCCUCAUCAAGAUCUGACAUGGGAUUGCAGUGUGGAGCAGUGUAUUUCCAGCUGGUUACAUAAUCACCGGUGUUGGCUACUCAUGAGGUUCCUCAGGGUUCUAUGCUCGGUACUUUUUAUUUCUGUAGGUUAAAGCUGUCUUCAUUGUUUUGGGGGACAGCAGAGAGCCUGAUUGUCCUUGACUGUCUGUACCCUGAUAUGGUGGCGUGUAUUUGUGAUGUUCAGAUAAUCUAAAGUUCUUUUGUCCUGUUGUG